AUGGCCGCCUUUGCGACAAACACCAAAGAGCGCCUCGCCAAGGCCUUUGGCUUCGACUCGGAAGACCGUGACAGCGAUGUGCCGUCAAUAUCCAACGCCGACCCGUUCCUGGAGCGGGAGCCCACCGUGGGCGAGUUUCUCGAGGAGAUUCGGCCUUCGCUGCAUGAUAUCGGCAUGUACUUUUACAACCUGUUUCCGUUUCUCCACUGGAUCGGCAAAUACAACUUGACGUGGUUCAUUGGAGACUUGAUUGCUGGUAUGACUGUUGGAGCUGUCGUUGUGCCCCAGAGUAUGGCGUAUGCGCAACUGGCUCAACUACCCGUCGAAUAUGGCCUGUACUCGUCCUUCAUGGGCGUCUUGAUCUACUGGUUCUUUGCCACUUCCAAAGACAUCACCAUCGGCCCCGUUGCCGUCAUGUCCCAAGUCACCGGCGACGUCGUCCUCAAGGCCGCAACACGCCUCCCCGACGUCCCCGGCCACGUCAUCGCCUCUGCCCUGGCCGUCAUCGCCGGCGCCAUCAUCUGCUUCAUCGGCCUCGCCCGCCUCGGCUGGCUGGUCGAGUUCAUCCCCCUGCCGUCCAUCUGCUCCUUCAUGACGGGCUCGGCCAUCAACAUCAUCUCGGGCCAGGUGCCCAAGCUCAUGGGCAUCAAGGGCGUCAACACGCGCGCCGCGCCGUACGAGGUCAUCAUCAACACGCUCAAGGGCCUGCCGACGACGACGAUUGACGCCGCGCUGGGCCUGACGGCGCUGCUGAUGCUGUAUCUCGUCAGGGGCUUCUGCACGUACAUGGCCAAGAAGCAGCCGCACCGGGCCAAGAUGUACUUUUUCAUCUCGACGCUGCGGACGGCCUUUGUCAUUCUGCUGUACACGGGCAUCAGCGCGGGCAUGGUGCUGCACCACAGGGACAAGCCCCCGAUCAGCGUCCUGGGCAAGGUGCCUCGAGGCUUCCAGCACACAGGCGCCCCCGAAAUCAACACGACCAUCAUCAAGGCCUUUGCGCCGGAGCUGCCCGCCGCCGUCAUCGUCAUGCUGAUUGAGCACAUUUCCAUCUCCAAAUCGUUUGGCCGCGUCAACAACUACAUCAUCGACCCGUCGCAGGAACUCGUGGCCAUUGGCGUCACCAACCUGCUGGGCCCCUUCCUGGGCGCAUAUCCCGCGACCGGAUCCUUCUCGCGCACCGCCAUCAAGGCCAAGGCCGGCGUCCGCACGCCCUUUGCGGGCGUCAUCACGGCUAUUGUUGUGCUGCUGGCUCUGUAUGCCCUCACGGCGCUCUUCUUCUACAUCCCCAACGCCGCACUCGCCGCCGUGAUUAUCCACGCCGUGGGCGACGUCAUUACGCCGCUCCCCGUCGUCUUCCAGUUCUGGCGCGUGUCGCCCAUCGAGGUCAUCAUCUUCCUGGCCGGUGUGUUGGUGACUGUCUUUGCCACCAUCGAGGACGGCAUCUACACCACCAUCUGCAUGUCCUUUGCCGUGGUCAUCUUCCGCCUUUUCCUCAGCCGCGGCCGCUUCCUCGGCGUUGCCCGCGUGCGCACCGUCAAGGCGACGGAAUCGACAAACAAGGGCGGCGACCAGGAGGCUCUUGUUGAGCCGUCGUCCGAGUACUCGCAGCGAUCUGGCUUCCUGCCGCUGGGCCACGAGGACGGCUCCAACCCGCGAGUUGUGGUGUCGAGCCCGUAUCCCGGCAUCUUCAUCUACCGCUUCGCCGAGGGCUUCAACUACCCCAAUGCGACGCGGUACCUCAACCACCUGACGGAGACUAUUUUCCAGGAGACGCGACGGACCGAUGUCAAGACGAUUGCCAAGCUAGGAGACCGGCCGUGGAACGACCCAACUCCACGACACGCAACGCAAAGCGAGCACGACAACCGCCCCACGCUCAAGGCCAUCAUCCUCGACUUCUCGUCCGUCAACAUUGUCGACGUCACGGCCGCCCAGGCCCUCAUCGACGUGCGCAACCAGCUCGACCGCUACGCAGCGCCCCAGGCCGUCGACUGGCACUUUGCCCACAUCGAGAACCGCUGGACCAAGCGAGCCCUCUGCGCGGCCGGCUUCGGCUACCGCACGCCGCGCCACAACGCGGAGGACGGCGAGGGCGCGGGCCACUGGAAGACAAUCUUCAGCAUUGCCGACCUGGGCGGCUCGGACAGCGCGGCGGCGGCGGCAGCGGCGGAGGAGAAGAAGGAAAAGGGCGGCCGGGCGUUGCAGUACGACGUGGAGCGCACAAACUCGGAUGACAUCUCAAAGGCGUCGGACAAGGACGUGCCGGCGCAUCCCAGCAGUCGCCGGCUGGUAGCCAUCAAGGGGCUCAACCGGCCGUACUUUCACUUUGACCUGCAGGAGGCGGUUGAGUCUGCCAUUGCCAACGCGGAGAGGCAUCACGAGGGCCGGGAGAGUGAUGACACUGAUGAAUAA